UAGAGAGUGUGCAACAAUAUAUCGAAAUUUCCUAGCUUCUGUCGGAUUAGUCGGUUCAUUCCAGGCUAAUCCUGAAAAGUGUUUUACUAGGAUCAAAGAAAAGAAGUGACUAGCAAGAUUGUAUAUGUAUGUUCUCUCUCUCUAUCCAUUAGGUUUCAAAGCCAGGUCUUUUAUAGACACUUUUGGCGGAGUGAUUUGUGAGUCAUCAAGAGGGGUAAAUUUUGGGGGCUAUAAGAUAGGGCUUUUGAUUGUUCACUUCCUUUUACUGCCUCCGGAUAUCCGAAUUAUCCGACACUGUCUUGCUGGAUAACGUAAUCGGUAAGCGGUCCGGCCACGUAAGCGAUCCGGCCACCUCUCCGGAAAAUAACUCUCUAUAUUGAUUUACAACAUUACAACGCGUUAAAAUGCCACCAAUUCGAAAAAAAGACCCUCUAAAAUCAGCUCAGAAUGAGGGGAAGAUUGGAUUAGCUAUUUCCGAUUUAAAAAAUGGAAGAAUUCGCAGUAUUCGUGAAGCUGCAAGAAUCUAUACAAUCCCUCGUACAACUCUCCAAGAUCGACUACAUGGAGUACCAUUUCAACAUGCGAUACGUGCUAGCAACCAUAAAUUAACCCAAUUUGAGGAGGAAUCACUUGUCAAAUGGGUGCUUGAUUUAACUAGACGUGGAUUACCACCCCGGCACUUUCUUGUACGAGAUAUGGCUAAUUAUUUUCUCUCACAACGUGGAGAUCAACGGGUUGGAGAUAAAUGGGUAUAUAAUCUUGUUCAACGUCGCCCAGAGAUUGAAUCCAAAUUCUCACAAAAAUACAACUACGAACGUGCCAAAUGUGAAGAUCCAAAGAUUAUACAAGGCCAUUUUGACCGCGUACGAGAUAUAAUAUCUGAGUACGGCAUCUUACCAGAAGAUAUCUAUAAUUUUGAUGAGACGGGCUUUGCUAUGGGACUCUGCUCAUCUGCAAAGGUUAUUACUGGAAGCGAUCGAUAUGCACGGCCAAAGCUUUUACAGCCUGGGAAUCGAGAAUGGGUGACUGCAAUUGAGGCAACAAAUUCAACUGGAUGGGCUGUUCCUUCGUACAUUAUUUUCAAGGCAAAGAAAAACGUACGAUUAGGCUGGUUUGAUGAUCUUCCAAGUGAUUGGAGGAUCAAUAUUAGCGAGAAUGGUUGGACUACAGAUCAAAUAGGAUUAGAAUGGCUUAAAACCCAUUUUAUUCCCUAUAUUAAUGAUCGUACAAUGGGAAAAUAUCGAAUGUUGAUUCUUGAUGGCCAUGGAAGCCAUUUGACUGCAGAAUUUAAUCGUAUAUGCACUGAGAAUAAUAUUAUUCCAAUCUGCAUGCCACCUCAUUCUUCACAUCUAUUACAGCCUCUUGAUGUUGGCUGUUUUGCUGUUUUAAAACGGCAUUAUGGGCAGCUUGUUGAGCAACGAAUGAGGCUUGGAUUCAACCAUAUCGACAAAAUCGACUUUUUAAUGGCAUUUCCACAGGCUCGUACAGUAUCUGUCGAUACAGACUUUUAUUUACAAUACAUGAAUGGCGAUUUACCUACUGAAUUAUUACAACUCCUGACAGAAUUCCUCGAAACAGAAAAGGAUAUAAGCGCAUUAUCUCGGACCAGCCGACAUUGUUAUUCCGUGUUUAUUCCAUGUCUUUAUCGGUAUGACCGUCAAAAUAAAAAUAGCUUCGCACUACUAUGGGCUGCUAAAUACGGGAAUGAGAGUACUGCUCGGAUUAGCAUCCAAUACGGGGCUAAUCCAGAUCCAAAGGAUGAUCAUAGCUCAACACCACUAUCAUACGCGGCAUCAGAAGGGCAUGAGGCAAUAGUAAAGCUACUUCUCAACAUGGAUGGGGUCAAUCUAGAUUCAAAGGAUAAUGAUGGCCGGACACCACUAUCAGAGGCUGCACAAAAAGGACAUGAGGCAAUAGUGAAGCUACUUCUCAACACGGAUACAGUCGAUCCAGAUUCAAAAGAUAAUCGUGGCCGGACACCACUAUCAUACGCGGCAUCAGAAGGGCAUGAGGCAAUAGUAAAGCUACUUCUCAAUAUGGAUGGGGUCAAUCUAGAUUCAAAGGAUAAUGAUGGCCGGACACCACUAUCAAGAGCUGCAUCAAGAGGGCAUGAGGCAAUAGUAAAGCUACUUCUCAACAUGGAUGGAGUCAAUCCAGAUUCAAAGGAUAGAGAUAGCCGGACACCACUAUUUUAUGCUGCAUUAAGAGGGCAUGAGGCAAUAGUCAACAUACUUCUCAAUGUGGAUGGAGUCGAUCCUAAUUCAAAGGAUUAUUCUCGCCAGACACCACUAUUUUAUGCUGCAUCAAAAGGGCAUGAGGCAAUAGUGAAGCUGCUUCUCAACACAGAUGGAGUUGAUCCAGAUCCAAAGGAUGAUGGCUCGACACCACUAUUUUAUGCUGCAUCAAAAGGGCAUGAGGCAAUAGUGAAGCUACUUCUCAACACGGAUACAGUCGAUCCAGAUUCAAAAGAUAAUUAUGGCCGGACACCACUAGUUUAUGCUGCAUCAAGUGGGCGUGAGGCAAUAGUAAAGCUACUUCUCAAUAUGGAUGGUGUCAAUCCAGAUUCAAAGGAUAGAGAUGGCUGGACACCACUAUUUUAUGCUGCAUCAGAAGGGCAUGAGACAAUAGUGAAGCUACUUCUCAACAUGGAUGGGGUCGAUCCAAAUUCAAGAACUAAUAAUGGCCUGACACCACUGUCAAUGGCUGCAUAUAAAGGGCAUGAGGCAGUAGUGAAGCUACUUCUCAACAUAGAUACAGUCGAUCCAGAUUUAAAGGAUAAUAAUGGCUGGACACCACUUUCAAGAGCUGCAUCAAGAGGGCAUAAGGCAAUAGUAAAGCUACUUCUCAAUACGGAUAGGGUCGAUCCAGAUUCAAAGGAUAAUAAUGGCUGGACACCACUAUUUUAUGCUGCAUCAAAAGGGCAUGAGGCAAUAGUGAAGCUGCUUCUCAACACAGAUGGAGUUGAUCCAGAUCCAAAGGAUGAUGGCUCGACACCACUAUUUUAUGCUGCAUCAAAAGGGCAUGAGGCAAUAGUGAAACUACUUCUCAACACGGAUGGAGUUGAUCCAGAUUUAAAGAAUAAUGAUGGCCGGACACCACUGUCAAUAGCUGCAUAUAAAGGGCAUGAGGCAACAGUGAAGCUACUUCUCAACACAGGCAGAGUUGAUCAAGAUCUAAAGGAUAAUGAUGGCCAGACACCACUAUCAAGAGCUGCAUCAGAGGGGCAUGAGGCAAUAGUUAAGUUACUUCUCAACACGGAUGGAGUCGAUCCAGAUCCAAAGGAUUAUUCUUGCUAGACACCAUUCUCAUUCAUUUGAAUGGACUUAAUAAGCGCAAAGUGGAGCGAUGUCUUUAAUUGUGCUUGAAUGGCAUUAACCAGCUUCAGCAAUCUGAGACGAAUUGAGUU